AUGAUUUCAUCAACUUUUAAUAAUAACGCAACCCCAGAUUUUUUAAUAAAUAAUAAUAAUUUUAUAUUUUUUAAUAAUAACGCAAAUAUUCCAAUCCCACUUACAAACAGAUUGCCAUAUACAAAUAAAUUUUUUAAUAAUAAUCAAAAUAAAAAAGAUGAAAUUUUAAUUAAUAAUAAUAUAAAUAAUAAUAAUAAUAAUAAUAUUAUAAAUAAUGUUGAAUAUGACGUUCCAACAUUGUCACCACAAAUCGCAAGCGUUGAAUUAUUAUCAUUACCACAAAAACAAAUAGUAUCAUCACCAUCAUCAUCUAGCGUUGAAUCAUCAUCAGUACCACAAUUUCCACAAUAUUGUUCAUUGAAAAAAUGUGAAUUAUGUGAACGUGGUCAACCAGCACUUUUAUUAAAAACCCCAACAUGGAGUUCAAUUAUGAGAGUUGUAUUUUUUACACUCCAUAAUGAAUAUCCAGAAAAACAAUAUUUUUCAUUAAAGACAGAAGUAUAUGAAUUUAUGACUUCUCAUUGGGAAAGAUUAUGUAUAAAUAGAAAAAGAACAGAUAAUUGGAGAAAACAAAUUCAAGAUAUGUUAAGUCAUAGCAAGAAUGUUUUUGAAAGCGGUUUAGAAAAAUUAAAACAAAAUGGUUUUUGGAAAUUAAGAAAUAUAGUUGAUCCAUGGGUUAUAAAUGAAAAUAAAAUUUCAUCUUCCUCAGCUGAAUCAUCACCAAUAAUUAAUAGUAAUCAAUGGAAAAAGAAAAGAUCAUUUGAAGAUGAAUCAAAUAAUAAUAAUAAUAAUAAUAAUAAUAAUUUUAGCGAUAAUAAUAAUAAUAAAAAAUUAAAAACACCAUUAUUUACACCAAUUUCAUCACCAUCAUUAUCAUCUUCAUCAUCAACAACAACAACAACAAAUGAUCAAUCUACACCAGAAUUAGAAUCAAUUGAUAAUAUUUUUGGAAAAGAAAUUCAAUCAAUUAGAAAUGAAACUAAAAAAUUAUUUAAAUUAUUACCAUCAUUGAAAAAUGAUCAAAGUUUAACAAAAGAAAUUUUAGUUUCAAUUCAAUUGAAAUUAUCUCAAUAUGAAAAUAGAUUAAAUAUUUUAGAGAAAGAAAAAGAAUCUUUUAGAAUCACUCUUCCAUUUUCACCAUUUCCAGUUUCAAAUAAAUUAUCAUUUAAUAUAAAUAAUUAUAGCGAACCAUCUUCACCAUCUCAACAAAUUCCAUCUUCACCAUCACAAUCAACUGAUGUUUCAAGAUCAAACUCACCAAUUCCAGCUCAAACCCCAAAAAAUAAUUGUAAUAAUAAUCAAAAAUUAUUCUUUGCUUAA